ACUUUCUACCCACUGAACGAAGACAGACCGACGACAUUUUUCCAAAAUAAUUAAAGGAGGGAGUGUGUACUACAUUCAAAUUUAUUGUGGCGGAAACUUAUAACGUUUAGCGCUGACCGAGAAUAUUCCCAGUCAGGGUUGAGAGCCUGUCGCGUUAAAAUGAGUGUAAAGUAUUUGUUAGUGUCUCUGCUAAGUUAUAUUUUCAAUAGUGCAAAUGCGACGCCUACUACAACGCGAGUAUACGACCUAGACCUACUCGGCCCUAAUCCUAUAAGGAUAGUCGAAGGGGAAAAUUUAUGGAAAACUAAAGAAGACACUACCCAACCGACUUCACGAUUUGAAGAACGUUUAUUUACCACCGCUACCUCCACAACCAAUUUAAACAACCCGUUAAGUGACGAGCAGGAAAACAACAGUGCCGAGUUUUCCCAUACUGCUUUAAGGGAUUUUUUAAGCAGUUAUGCUGAAAAGGUGAUAAAAAAUAAACGCCCGGACCGUAGUCCAUCAGGUGAAGACAAGGAAGGUAAAAAACAUUGGAGUCUUUUAAACGUGAGGGAACACAAUCAUCCUUAUGACGAUAAAAAGGGGUGGGUCACUUUGGAACCGAUACCUUGGUCUCUAUCGAAGAUUUCCAAGUGGCAGAGCAAAUCCACGACCACCGAACGCCCAUGGGACGAUUUCCCUUCGCAUGAAAACAAACCACCUCAUAACAUCGACUAUUCCAAUGACAGACUGUCUUCUUGGAAUAAACCCACUCUGGAAAACAGCUAUCACUAUGGCAACCGACCCCAAGACAAUAAAAACGAAUAUCAAUUGUACUACUUAGACGACGACAAAUCACAGUAUUCCAAACCAUCAGCAGUAUAUGGACAAACUGUUCACUUACACGCUCAUACACCUUACCAGAGGCACCCUGUGAAAGCGAACAGCUAUUACAAUCACGAUCACAAUUGUAACCAUGACGAAGAUGUUGGGAUUAUAACUGACGGUAAGCCUCCAAACUUCCCAUCAAAUUAUUACGAAAAUAGGAGGAUAGGUACGGAUCUAAAUCCCGAAACCAAUCCCGAUAUAGGUGACGGUGAAUGGGUACUAUUAUCAACAACAAAAGGCUACAAACUCCCCAAAAGUAAACAAAGAUCGCUGGAAAUUAACCCUCGGUCCAUUGGUACCCACCAAUCCGUAAGUCUCACAGUACUUCCACCUUUAAAAAACUCUAAAGUUAAUAUGACCACGUCCCAUGGAGGACUGCUUCAAGUGGAUUCUAGUUUUGAAACCGUGGAGCAGGCUCAAAGGAAGUACAUAAAGCUACAAAAAAUGAAGGAUAAGCCUAAGAGACACAGUAAACCCUUGAAAAAGAAGAAGCCUACAAGGGAACUUACCAGUUCAACUAUCGCUACUAUACCAAGGAACACGCCUCCCGAUAGUAGUGCGGUUUUAGCAGGGGUUGGAGCAGGUAUGAUUCCUGCGACUAUGGCUAUGUUGGUGCCGAUUGCAAUGAACGGGAAGAGGAGGAAAAAGAGAAGUCUUCUGCUUGCUGCAAGCAGUCCUAGUUCUGGUGUACAAAUAACUCUCCCACGUUACUUAUAGUGUAAUUUAUUUCGUUUAUUUAUUUUACAGCCUUUUUGUAUAACUAGGAUAAGUGAUAAAUAUUUAUUAUAAUGUAGAUAUUUUAAAUAGAUACCCUAAGCCUUACCCUGCACUAUCAUCUACAUACUCUCUUACAAUUUACAAAUUUUAAAGUUGUUCGUUUAAUAAAAAACAAAAAUAUUGAUUUACUACAACUGUUAACUUUUUAGAAUUGCGUAUUCGAGAGUACAUAAAUAAUUAGAAUAAUUAUAUUAUUGAAUACUAAUGGAUUGGUACAAAUGUUCUCCAACACCUGUGUAGGUGAUUUUAAUCAUAAAUAAAAUGAGUACAAUUUUGCAGUUUCAUUUCAGUCCAUAUAUUCGUACUUUUGUAUUAGAAUGUUUGACGAAACAUUUCACAUUUUCAAUUAAAGUUUUAUUUUUUAAAAACAUUUUAAAAAAUAU